CCGAAGCCAGAUGCAUAGAUUCUGCAUCAGGAUCUGGGACUGGGAGUCAAGGCCAGACUUCCAGAACCAAAAGGAAGCCUUUCCAUAAAAAGGGGCAUCAGGGAGCCAAGAGUUAGAAAAGCUACCCAUUGUGCUGGCCGUGGAGUUUGCCUCCUCUUUUGCACACACGACCAUGAUAUUUUGCUGUUUUGGAUACUUUCCACAGCUGUCCAUGCAUCAUUCUCCGUCUUUCUUCCAAGGUCCAAUGAGGGAAGACUGUCUUGGGCCACGUGAGUCCCCAGGAGCUUCCCGACCUCACAAGCUACACUUGUGACGCCAUGGCCACUCCAGUGUGUGCCCCUCGAGGCCCUGGAGACGUCACAGAGGACUCUUGUGGCCUAGGCACACCCGGCUUCCAGGGGCCCGGCCGGCCGCUGCAGAAGCGCAGUCCGGGCUGCAGGGACAGCGGCAGAGUGCAGUGGGAGCGGGUCGCCCAGGCUGGAGCGCUGCCCAUGUUCCGUGCUGCUCACUUGCCCAAGGCCUGUCUCAGGAAGGGAACAGACCACAGGAUUUUUUUUUGCAAAAGGGCCGUUUAGGUUUUGUUUCGAGCAACCAUUCCCAACCUCUACCAAGGCCCUAGACCAUAAGGUUCCUCCCACUACCAGGCGGUUGGGGUCCAUGAGGAGGCUGCGACUAGGGGUGCUCUGAGCGAUGAUGGCCCCCGCGAAGAGGAAGUGCAUCUGUGACUUGUGCUCCUGUGGGCGGCAUCGUUGUCCACAUAUUCCUACUAAGAUUUAUGAUAAGACAGAGAAACCAUGUCUGCUCUCCGAAUACACCGAGAACUACCCUACUUACUAUUCUUACCUGCCCAGAGAAUCUUUCAAGCCCAAGCGGGAGUACCAGAGAGGGUCCAUACCAAUGGAAGGCCUGACCACAUCAAGGAGAGAUUUUGGGCCUCACAAAGUGAAACCAGUGAAAUUGCACCAGCCUGAUCAGUACAUCCCAAGUGAAGAGAAUAUGGAUUUGCGCACAACGUAUACGCAAGAUUACAACCCCUAUUUUGUCUGCCGAGUGGGCCCCAUCAAACCUCGGGACAGUAAAUAUCCAUGUAGUGACAAGAUGGAGAGUCUACCUACUUACAAAGCUGAUUAUAUACCUUGGAAACAACCAAGGCGAGAACUUCUCCGUCCACCACACAACUACCGGCCAGCAUCCACAAAGUUUGACAGCAGAACCACACACCAGGAUGACUAUCCAGUAAAGGCCCUUGUGAACACCAGGAGCUGUAAACCUCCAUACAUGCCAAGGCUCUGUGACAUCCCUUUGGAGGAUCUGACUAACUACAAGAUGAACUAUGUGCCUCACCCUGUGGAGAAGCGCUUUGUGCAUGAGGCAGAGAAGUUCAGACCCUGUGAUAUCCCUUUCGAGAGCCUCACUACCCACAAAGAGUCCUAUCGGGGUUUGGUAGGGGAGCCUACUAAGAGCAUGAAACCUCCAGACAGGCCCCCUGGGCUAGAUACACCUUUCUCUACCACCACAGAGUUUCGUGAUAAGUACCAAGCUUGGCCAACACCUCAGGUAUUCUCCAGAGCUCCUGUCCCCUAUGUCCCUCCUGAAGAAAAGAUGGAUUUUCUGACAACUGUACAGUCCCACUACAUGUACCCUAAGGGUAUGCCUGCUCAGUCCUGCCGACCAGUGCACCAAAUUAAGAAGAGCUGCCGCUUUGAAAGCUCCACUACCACCAGAGAACACUAUAAGCAGUGGGCCAGCACACGUACAGAGCCAGUCAAGCCCAUUUCCCAGCUGAACCGUCCCACCGAGCCCUUGGACUCCCUGACCACCAAUCAGGCCCACUAUGUGCCCCAUCCACUUAUGAGUACCAAAAGCUGUAAGCCCAUGUGGUCUCCCUCUCGAGGGAAUAUUCCCCUGGAGGGUCAGACCACCUACGGCAUCAGCUUUACUCCCAAAGAAAUGGGCAGGUGCCCAGCUUCAUACUCUGAGCCCCCUGGCUACAUCUUUGAGGAAGUAGAUCCUUUAGGGCACAAGAUAUAUAGGCCAGUUUCCCAGACAGGCUCUGGACAGUAUGGCCAUCUUUCUGGAGGUGAUACAGAAAACCCUAACCAGACAGAGUUGACAAUAUCAGCCUGAAGUUAAAAAUUAUUUAGAAAUUGCACAAUACUUUUAAAAGCAAAUAAUAGUUAUUCAUUGGACAAAAGGACUCCCCCAAAGUGAGGAAAAGCAAACA